AUGGCCGACAACCUGCAGUCCCAGGAUGCAAUCGCCGAUGCUUACUACGAAUAUCUUGGCACGAUCGUCUCGGCAAUCUGUAUUACACUGAUUAUCUACGACUACGUGCUGACUCUUGACCGUGAAAGACGGUACAUCUGGCCGCGGGGUCUCUGUGGCCCGUCGGUGCUUUAUUACUCGCUGCGCUAUAUGCCUAUUUCCUAUGCUAUCGUGCUCCCUUACUUUCUCAGCCCUCCGGAAAAGAGUAUAGAGGCAUACCGAUCUAGUAUACCAUCCGACGAUGAAGACUAA